AUGCCCUCUAACGAGGUGGAACUUUUGAGCUACCGACGCAGGGAAUCACAGCGGCAUCCAGUAAAUAUAAGACGAACAGUUAGCGAGGAUUGUCUUCUCGACGAACACGAAGACAAUCAUAGACUUAUUAUUUCAGCUUUUUCAAUGCUCAAACUAAGCAAGACGAGGAUUUCUGUUGGGGACAGUGUAACUGUGUACUGGGAUAUCAGAGAGCACUGUGGAGCUAAUGACUGGAUCGGGCUUUUCGAUUUAGGUGAGUAGAUGUACCGUACGUACCCGCAGCGCCUCGAGCACACUCUUCACUCUUGCGUCGAGGCCUGCUACCGGAAUAAAACACACUGGUUGUUUACAACGAAACACCGAAUGGAUGCUUCUGUUUUCUUUGUGUUAGGAGAUAAAUAUCCUAAUUUAAACUAAACUGAAGGGAAUCAGCUCCUAAUGCCUCGUGAACAUCUUAAAUUUAGCGUGCUGGUCAACCUUCCCGUUCAUAAGUUUUCUGCAAACCGGAUCACAAUGUCGUUUGCGUGGAAGAAACCUGUCAGAACAGUCUCGAGACAUAUUUUGCUAGUUUUCUAGGGCCGGUCGAGUUUAACCGAGCAAUUUAGUUAGUUCUGCGUGUUGUGGAAACGAUAGAGAUUGAUAUCGUGUUUGGUACGACCUCUUCGUUUGAAGUAAGCUCAUGAAUUUGUUCCGGAUGUCGAGGAGAUCGAGCUAUAGAAUUCACAAUAUUCUCUCAUCUCCCUCUGUUAAAAGUUACAGCUACACGCCAUGAGUCGAUGCAGUCAUUUCUUUUAGGGAAUCACACUUAAACUCACGAGGUGCUUAAUUUUAUUGAAAUGUUAUCUUUGGAAGGGUUCAUCGUCUCCGAUCCGUGAUGCAUGUAUGAAGUUCCAAGUCGAUCAUUGUAGGUAUUCUAAAAACAAAUAUAAAGCUGUGAAGCCAUUUCACAGUGAAACAUCCAAGCUGCUUAUGUGAAUUAGGUCUUUGUUAGGCUAAAAAUGCUAAUUGGUGUAGUUGGUGAACUGAUAUUGUGUUCCUUCGAACACUGAAACUGUUAGCAAUCUUGCGUGAUGUGUUUAUAUUAUUCAGGGAAUAAUAAUGUAGCAAUGUUAUCAGCUUUGAAAAAACUCGAUGGUUUUUUGGUACCUUUUUCGAAAACGUCAUCAUUCUUUGUUUUAAUCGCAAAACUGGAUUUUUGUAAGGUCACGAUCGAAUGCAGCUCAAUUUAUUCAUUUACUGAAAUAACUUACAGAAGAAAUUCUUGUAGCAGUGCAAAGGCAACUGACAUCAAAUCCAUUGAUUUCCUUUUCAAAAUUUGUGAAAAAGGUAUCGCCCAAUCGAAUGAGAUUAAAAUUUGUAUACGGAAUUCCCUAUAAGAUCAACGUACUACUGGUAUUUUCAAUAACUUCUAUGCCUAUUUUUCUUGAAACAUGAACGUCAACGAGAUAGAAUUUUAGUUGCACGUACGUAUAUAUGACGAUAUUUCUGUUCAUGACAACACAAAAUUCUUCAUAGGAAUUUUGGUGGUUUUAGAUCUAUUCUAAGCAGAUUUUUGGCCAUAUUUCUGAACACUUACAUGUAUGAUUGACAUAUUCUUUAUUCCAAGGUGCGUAAGGCUAAUUACAGUCGUUUCAGAACUUAAUAAUUCUUUUGUUUUAAGCAGUGCUUUUCUUUGAAAUGCACAAUAGGUUGUUCAUUCAUUGUUUUUAUCACUGGAUUUUUUUUACCUUUCUUGUCUCCAAGCAUGUGAUGUGUUGUUGAUCAGCUUAGCUCUAUUCACAUUUUGAUAAGUAUACUGGAUAAGUAUUAUGAUAUAUCUACUGAUAUGAUAUUGCAUGUUCAUCUGUCUUCACUUUACGGAGCAAUAUCCUUUGUUUAAUGAAAGUCCAACUACUGGCUUCUUAAGUUUAUAGUUUCUAUUUACUGAAUACAAUUCAUCUCUGUUUGUCAACUCCUUUGUUGCUACAGAGGGCAGUCUAUGUGUGUGUGACAUUUUUUAUUACUAAAACACUUAGUUGAAUACUUAUAUAAAUGCCAAGUGCAUUUGAAAUUUAAAAUACAUAAUGUUUCUUGAACUGUCUUGGAAACAGUAUUAUUGGGCAGCUAGUUCAGCUAGUAACAAUGGUAUAUUCUGUAGACAUUUGUUUAAUCUUCUCUACAUUGUUGCUUAUAAAUAGAUAGCACAACUUACUUUUGUCAGCUUCAAGAAGACGUGACUAAAAUAAAUCAUCUCAACUGAAUAAUCAUCUCCCCAAAAUAAUUUGCUUUGCUGCACUUAUUCUUAAAGGUAGUGUUUUGGUAAGAAAUCAUUGGUGUUUCUUACAGACUUUUCAAAACAACAUAGAUCUGGUUUCACCUUAUAAUCAUCAGAUUAUGGAAUCCUGUUGAAGGCAAAUUCUUUUUGGGAAAGAAACGAAUUAAGAUUGUUAACAUACUGGCAAGGUGUUUGGAAAAUGUCAUAAACUAUGUUAAAUGAUAUUUAUACGUGUACCACCCUUCUUUGGCUUUGAGCGGUUUUUCCACUUUUUGCUAUGUAUCUGCCCUCUUGAGAUAUACAAUAGACCACUGUACUUGGCAAGUGAAUGAUGUGAAAUUUCUUCCUCUUCACAUAUUUAACUUCUAAAUUACAGCUGUAUGCGGGAUAGCCCACAUUUUAAUGGCCAAAGUUGUUAGUGUUAUGAAGCCUCAAAAGCAGCAAAAAUUAAUGUUAUUUUGCUAAGGCAUCUAUUGUAAAUGUUUUUUACUUAAGAUUCAGACCAAAUUUUUCCUACGCUAACAGAAUUCUGACUAUAUUAUAUAUAUUUGUUACUAUUACUGUAUUAUUAUUCCCUGUAAAUUGAAAUUCUCUUCCUUUUAAGUUGAUUUUAAAAAGGUUACGUCAUGGCUAUGGCUGACAUGUAUUAUAAAUUUACUCUCCUGUAACAAAAUAUUCAAUUGCAGUUUCAAGAUGCAAAUUUGUCUUCACAUGUAAAGAAUUCACUCUUUGUGAAAUAAUUGUUAUACUUUGUGUACAAUGCAGUCAAAUUUAUUACCACAUGUUAUAAAAUUUUAAUUCUAUUGAAAGUUGUAAACAAAUCAACCUACUGAAUUAAUCACUGGUAAAUGUUUCAUGAUGAAGGUGUGUAUUUUGCUCAAACAUAUGAGUUAAUUUACAUAUUGGAGUUUACAGGGUAUUACCAUACAGCACAUGUGUAUUUUGCGCUUAACAGCUGUACAUGUACAUCUUAGAAAAUGGAGUUACGGAUUUACUCUGCAACUUAACAAAUUUCUUAUUGCUUUUUGAUGUAUGUGGAUAGAAAUCCGUACAGGCAUCGCAAUCAGCCCAGAUUGUAUAUACACUUUUGUAUGAAAUUAAAACUUAGACAUAAAGUAUAUUAAUCAGAAUUAGUACAGAGUUAAAAGAAGUUUUUUUAAAAACUAAUAUGCCUCUGUGUUCUUCCUAAUUUCUAAAUGUGUGGUGAUUAAUUUUCUAAAUUACACUGUAUACAGUCAGUUCCAUUUAAGUAUGUCAUGUACAUGUAUGUAUUAUUAAUUUUGAAUUGAAAGCAAAGUGAAUCAUGUAUAAUAGCUGUUUUUCCUCUGAUUCUUGUUCUUGUUAUAAUAAUUUUUGUCAUACAAUGGACAAGGAUCAGGAGGUAUACAGACCUUGAAUUCAACAGUAUUUAUUGUUCUAGUAAAUGACAGUGUGAUUUGAACUAAUUAAAUUACCUGUAAAGCAGUAUUCCAACAGCUAACCACUGUGCUAUGCAUCUUUGUGGGUUUUAAAUCACUGUAAAUAGAUAUAUAUUUUUCUCAUGUCAAUGUAUUAUAUCGUUUAAUUAACUGAGAUUUAGAUAUUUUUAUUUAAAAAGUUUAUGUUUGAAACAUCUGUAAACCAUCUAUUUUCAAGAUUUUGUAAAUUGGAAACUUUAAUUUUGUCUGCAGCUUGUGCAAUAUACUUGUUAUAGAGGGUAGACUGCAUGCAUAAUGCAUCUUUUGGGAUUCAGGAAAUAUUUGAAGACAGGGAUGUAGGAUUUCAGAUGGCAAGAGAGGCAAGUUUGGGGGACUAGAACACAGUGAAACCUAAACAAAAUGAAAGGCCAAGGGACUGGCAAUAAUAUGUUUGCUAUAACAGGGUUUUGUUACUGUAAAGAGAGUCUAUUUUCCAUAUAUUUUAUUAGUAUAUAGUAAAUGAGUGGAUACUGUUUUUGGCAUGCUCUGAUUGGCUACUCAAACUCUGGAAAUCCAGUGCUAUUCACUGAUUCACCUCCAGGCUCUGAGCAAUGAGCAAUGCCAAACUCAUGUACAUUAUGAGCAAAAUGGCUUCCUGGUUUGCUACAAUUACAAACAAAAAAAUAACUCAUAACAGUUUUUCAAGUACUAUAUGGAACUGUAACCUGGAUAAUUUUUUGCUGGUUUUCAGAUAGUCCAACAUCUUUGUCAAACUAUUUAGCCUGCAAGCAGAGGGGUGUUACAGGAGCAAAGAGAGGAGCUAUAAAAUGGGCCAUCAAUAGAGAUGUUACUUUUGGCGAAGGUAAGUCUCUCUCUACCAAAGUUGUCUAUUAUAGUCGGCCAUCAUUCAGUACCCGACUGAAAUUGGGGCAUGUCCAACUACAACUUAACUGUGUUUGGACAAGGUGUUCAAACAAAGUUAUACCAGAGACUACAUGUACAUGUACUGUAUCAGUUAAAAGAUGACUAAAAUUUAGCUUGAGCACAUGUGAAUAAUUCUAAUCUUUUUAACAACAUACACAGCAACAUUACUGUACUAAAUACUACUAAACACUAGGUCACAUUUAACCUGUAUCCUUUGCAGGUGUACAGUGCACAUUGACAAAGUCUGUUAAAGGUGCAUUAUGCAUCUUUGAUUGAUCAUGACUGACCACAUUUUUGUUUUGUGCAAACAAAGCACUUGAUGACUUGGUUGGAAAGCUGUACGUCCUUUCAAGAAAGAAAAUUAUUUGCAGCCCUGGUUCUGAAUUAUAACUACAGUACAUGUACAUGUAGCUGAGUAAGUUAAUGUAAUAUUUAUUCUUAUUUUCUUGUCAUUUUUCAGUUGAAAACAAGUGCAUUUUCAAGUACAUUCAUGGCAACACUGGAUCCGUCAAAGCCAUAAGUCCCACUCUGUACAUCUACAAUCCUUAUGCUGAGGUAUUCAAAAAACAUUAAUUUGUGAAAAAUGUUAAGGGUGGGUCAUUUUCGGAAAAAAAUUAAAAUAUAGCCUUAAUGCUGCAAAACAAUGUUUCUAUCUUGUUACUCAUGUCUGUUUAUGAAUAGGUUUAAUAGUGUACAGUGUGUGUGUAGUCAAGUCAAACAAAUUAGAAAUCAGGUGGUCUCUACAUGUACAUGUAUGUCAUGUUUCCAAAGCUACUGGUGUAAAUAGCCGUAAAUUAACCUUUGAAGUUGUUGUUAUGUCCUGAUUGUGCAAGUUUUUAUAAUUGGGUGAUUUUGUUAAUUGUGGAUUAUACAUUGGAAAGCUAUUUGCAAUCAUUAGUUGAAAGUUGUAUGUUCACAAACAACAAUAUUUGGAAGCCCUGUCAACUUGAAUCACCUUUCCUCCAUAGCUUGCUUCCCCACAUGGUAGGCCACGCCUUGGAUCACUUGUACCUCAGGAAACUCUUUUGGAAUUCUCCAUCGCUGGUAUGUAAACCUCAAAAGCUAUAUUAUAAUUUACUGCUAUUCAAAAAGGAAAUAGGAAAAAUAUAGUAUAUUGAGUGUCUAUCAGUCUAAUAGAACCAUCAAUUUACUUCUUUUUUUGCCUUGACAGUUUAUAUAAAUGGCCCAAGGAUAAAAAAUAUAAGAAUGGAGAAACACUUAUAGAAAAGUUCCAUGUUCCAUGCUUAUAGUUUAUUUCUAGAAAACCUGAUAAAUAUCACCAUGUUAAUACAACUAAUCAAUUUAAGUACAGUGCAAUUUGCUUGUAAUCUAAGAGAUGUACAAACAUACUACACACAGUAUAUCAUAUCACUGACUCUAGAAUUACAAUAGAUUGCAAGAAUCAAGGUCAUUAAUUUUGUCCUUGAAUGAUUCCCCCUCUUAAGGUGGUUACAUUUAUGUGUACUAUUAUAGUUUAUUUUCCCUUCCCAGUUAUUUUACAACAAAUGAUUCAUUAAUGAAUUAACAGGUUUACAAGCCAAUGGAUUGAAGAAGAAUAUAUUUGGCAGGCCCAGCCCUUAUGUCAAACUGUCAAUCAUGCCAUCACGCCGUCAUCUCAGAUCAUGGAAACAGCAUCAUGGACAAAUUGCGAAGACAUCAUCACAAACCAAUACCACAAAUCCAAAAUGGAACAGUGAGGUCAGUAAUGUAAAUGAAAUAAUUAUACAAAGGGCUGUCAUUUGUACGUGUAGCUUUGUCAAAUAUUAAUAAUUUUGUCUAGUUCUCUGUGUGCUUUUACAUUGUACAUGUAGGAUCAUUCUGUGAUACAAUGUAAGUGUACUGUGUGGAAAAUCAUUUUUUGCCCUUUAUAAAUGUGACCAUCAAAAGAUUCUGUGCUGGAAGAAAAAUUGAAGGGAGCCUGGUGCUCUGAACUUGUGAAAUCCAGGAUACUUAUGAUUUUCAUAAAGGACCAAGAUUUUUACUAGUCACCUGGGAGCAAAAGUUAGGCACGAUGGGCUACUGGGCGCUGCUAUAGCAUGACCUUGAUGUCUUAAUUCUUACAUAAACACAUGUAUUUACUUAAAUGUGCACUGUACUUACACUGUACUUGAAUACAAAGUAAGCACAUGUAGAUGUAUUCAAGUGUGUACAUCCUAGGCCGGGAAUAAUCAUGCAGUUGACAGCCAUGUGCAGAAGCUUUCAUACACAUGCAUGCAUAGUGUAACACGUUAGUAAAUGUUCUUAAUUAGAUGCUCUGAAGUUUUCCUGUUACACAUGCAUGUACAUAUACAUUGACCUUCUUGCUUUGCACAUCAGGAAUUUGUAUUUUUGGGUGGCGCUGAGGAUUUGUUGGAAGUUGAAGUGCGGAACAAGUUUUCAGGUACACGGCCAGCCUUCAGCAGAUUCCUUGGAAAGCUUACUGUUCCCCUGGUGGAUCUUUUUGGAUGCCAAAGAAACAGGUAAAGCAUUAAAGCUUUUCAUAUAAAAAAUAAUUAUGUGUACAUGUGUACAUAUGCCGUGGAAUAAGAAGAAAUUUAUAUGAAACACUUUUCCAGGGUAUUAUCUUAUGACCUACAUUGGGAAAACAAGGAGUUCUGUAUUAUUGCUUUAGUUGUUGUAAGUUUAAAUCUAUCUUUCUUAUUUAUAUUUUGUUUCAAAUCACAUUUACCAGGCCAGAAGAGUUUACAAAACCUUUGGGUAGAAGAACACCAGCUGACAGAAUACAGGGUACAGUCACGCUAACGGUCACAGUUAUUGAACCAUCAGAAAGACCACAACCAGGUCAGACAAUGAAACUGAGGCUUCUACUUGAACUUCUGAAAUUUUCAUUUCUAAUGUUUCUUCACUCUCUUAGCCUGUCCUAUAGACUCGUUUUGUAUAUAAGUUUUUUCAAGGAAUUCAAUGAGCAUGCUAGAAAAUAAGCUGCGUUAAGCAGAGGGUUUUUUGUGUAUGUUUUUGUUUGCGUUUUCGGUAAGUUAGGGAUACAGCAGCGCAAAAGCUGAACUAAGGUCAAACGAGAAAGCGAUAGGGGAGGAGGUGGGGAAGGAAAGAAGACAGACAGGUCUCUCAGCAGCAUGCAAAGAAAGUCGUGUCCGAUAGCCAGCCCGGGACUACAUAUGUAGUGGAUUUUGCUAUCGGGUUAGUGAUUUUUGUUCUUAACUUCGGCGACGGAGAAGUGCUGUUGUUGGGGGAAAUUCAAAUUACAGAAGGAUUGUAAUCAAUCCUGCUAAUCAAAAAGGGUUUGGGGGCUAGUUUAAAUGACUUGUGGGCUAGUACAUGCUAGCUAGAACUUGCGCGAAUGGCAGGCUGUCAAACUGACUUUCUUUGCACCCUGUUCAGCCUUCUUUCUCUCCCCUCCCCCCUUCCCCCUCCCCCCCUCCCCCAUCGUUUUCUCGCUUACCUUAGGGAACACGAACGAAAACCACACCAACAAAACAGCCUACACCGCAGGCUAGCGACAAGAAAAAAAAAAUUAGCAGCUACCACCUCCUUGAGCUGGCGGUCAUUAAAUCCCCCUCGGUUUUUUUAUUUUCGUAGGAGCGCUUGAAGAUCUCUAAAGAGAGAAAUAGUAGGUCUAUAGACAGACUAUCACUGACAAAAAAGGAAGGAAGAAAAUGUUGCUGGGGUGCAAAACGUUUUCUGGCUUAUAAAAAAAAGCUUACUUUGGGAAAGUUUACAACGAAAUUCUGUAAUUUCUGUUGAAGAACAGCCGUAGAUUUAGAUCCGGUGUGUUUUCGGGGAUGUGCGGGAAGAGGACUGCUACAGGCACAUAAUAUGUAAGAGGUAAAAACUAAUAGAUUAAUUAGGUUUGGUAUAAAUCUUUUUUUUUAUUUCUAGGCGCUGAAUCAGGCCAACAGGAGAACAUUCCUCCUUCCACACCAGCCUCUGGCUCUCAACAAACUAAUCCAAGUUGUACUCUGUCAAACCCGUCGCUGACAUCUUCUGCGCCAAAUAUAUUACAGCCUCUAACUCUGAACUCUAGCAAUGGAGUUCUUGAGACCAUAUUUCCAGUUGAGAACACACCAUCUCCUGAGUCUCCACGUGGGGCAAAUGAACAGCCUAAUCCUAGGGGCAGUGGUGGACAUAGGCGUCUACGACUUCACUCCAGACCUCGGACUGAGAUUUAUUCACAUGAGUUUGUUCCAUUGGAUCCUGAUAUUACAAGCCCUGAAAUUUCUCGAGACCCUCAUAUGGCAAACAUUGAGAACAGUGUUAGUGGAAAUAGCACUGCAGAUGAGAGCAAUUCUGGUGAUAACAGGACUUCUAAUUCAAUUGAUGUUGAAUCGCCUAAUGAAAUAACCAAUCCUAUACAGGAUUGUCCGAGUGUUGUUCACAGCCCUGAUGAAGUUGAUAGCAAUGAUACUGUUGUAGCUUCCGCAACGUCACUUCAGGACUCUAAUGUAUCUAAUCAAGAUAUGGAAAAUCAACCAAUGGAAAUCCCUGACGAAACCAGUGAUGUCAGUGACUCUGAUGUUGUGACCGAAACGCCGGUUGUCACUGAUGAGGUAGAAAUGGCUUUGCCAAGUACUACGAACAGAAAUAGUGUUACAAGUAUUGAGUUGACUGAUGACUCACCACUGAGAAUCUUGGAAGAGAGUGAGAGAGUGCGUGAAGAGAUCGCACUAUCGUGUGAAAAUUUACUCCACGAACCAAGCCCAGAAACAGACGAUGAACUAGAGCAAAUGGAUGUUAGUGAUGAUACUAUUAUGGAAGAACAAAACAAUUCACUCAAUUCUGAUUAUUCGAUGGAAGAUGUAUUGACAAGGAGAGCUGGUACAGCAACAGAGUCAAAUGAUAAUUCUUUAGAAACUCAGUCGAGGACUGUUAGAGAAACACAUGUACUUGAGGCUGGAGACCAUCCCUCAUCUCUGGAGGAUCAAGAAGAGUCUCGUACAUCAACCCCUCCCCCUGUGUCUCCUGAUGUUACAGCAUCUUCAGAAGCUGAGGCAGUAAAUGCUUCUGAAGGAGUUGUUAGCUUACAAUCAGAACACUCUCAGCACCAAGAUAAUCAGUCAGAACCUCAACCUUCUGAGCAGGAAGAUGUACAAAUGUCGCUUCUUGAAUAUGUAGAUCGAAUUGUUGGUGAUGAAUCUGAUAAUAUUGAAGAACAGAGUGCAGACAAUGCAAUGAUUGUUGAGUCGUUUGGAGAUAACACUGAAGAAAAUGUGUCAUCAGUAACGUCUGGUGGAAGAAUACCUUCUGUAACACUUCCAGUGGAGGCAUCAGAACCUGUUUUACUUGACGCCACAUCACUGCAGUCUGCUUCCGCGUCUGAAAUGUUAGUUGAUACAUCAGCUAAUGAGAACGCUAUUACCCCACCUCCAAAACCUCCCAGGAGUAAUGAGAACCCUAUUACCCCACCUCCAAAACCUCCCAGGAGUAAUGAGAAUCCUAUUACCCCACCUCCAAAGCCUCCCAGGGGUAAGCGUGUGUCUCGCUCCAGUAGUGAGCCUCGUAAUUCUCAGCGCUCUCACAGGGGGGGAGAGAGGUCACGAAAUGCCAGCAGAACUGCUAAUCAAGAGGGAAAUACUUCCAGACAAUCGCGUCCUCCGUUUGUUAGACGUGUUACCGACCCCACCACAGGACAGGCAAAUCGUUUGCAUUCUGAGGAAGGGACUGUAAACAGGGUUAAUGAUGGAACUACUGCAGCCGCUAUAACUGUAAACACUGCAGAAGAUUCCACUUCAUACGCUGCACCCUUGUCUCCAACAGAGUCUGUUGUGAUGGCAGUACCGCUAUCCCCUCCACCCCAGCGUCCUACUCACUCCGGUCUGAUGUCACCUGUUGUUGUGGCAGAUGGUAGGGCGGAACCAGAAGCUGUAGUCACACCACUUCCGUCACCAGAGCUCAGCUUCGAGGGAACAGACGCAGUGUUUGAUAACCAAUUAACUGUCACGGAAGCUUCAGUUAAUUCUGAAGGAAACCAAAGUAUUGAAAAUGAAUCUUCAAUAACAAGAGACUUGUCAAAUGAUUACGAGUUGAUUAUACAAGAUGAUGGUAGACAGCCGUCAUCAGCUCCAUCAACUUUACGCAGGGAAGCAGUUCCUUCAAAUGCUACAGUGUCACCAAGUGUAACUCGUGUUCAACAUAGAAGAAGUAGCUCACAGGAUUCUACUCCGUCCGCCGUGAUUUAUGCCACUCCAGUAACAGGAGUGAGUAGAGAAUCGACUGAUGGUAGUUUGAGUUUCCCGAGAGCGAAGGUUACUGCACUUUCAGAGAAUCGAAGACGGGGAAGUGGCGAGACUGUUUCUGGAGAAACGCAAUCACUGCCCCGGAACAGUAGCAAUGCUGUACCCAUACCAAGUGCCUCUGGUCCACGAGUAAGCUCGGAGCAGUCCCGUUCUGAUGCAACUCCAAGAGUCAACAGUGGAGCGUCUGUUAGUGCCACAUCACAGCCUGGGUCUAGUGCCAGCUCGAGCAGUGAUCCAGAUCAACGAGAAGCUAUACAGACUUUACUCCGGUCUUAUUAUUUUAAAUCAUCUCAAGCAUCCCGAGGAACAUCCUCCGUAGGUCAACCAACAUCGUCUACAUCCCCUGUACGGGGGCAAGCGGGCGGAAGAAGGCCAUCAUCCGACACUAAUCCGCGCAGUGCACAGAGACGAAACUCUGCUCGGAGACAACAGGGGUAUCCGGUUCAUUUGUCUAUUGAGGAUCAACAACAGGCAAGAGGACAGCAGGCUCGGUCGAACCAGCAGUCUGUAGAGGAGGAACCUCUGCCUUCAAGUAAGACAUGAGAAUAGUGUGACACUUUUAUCUGUUAUUGUAACAUCGCUUUUCGAUCAUUGGUGUAUUCAUUCUUUUUUACUGAUAGAUUAUGGAGCAACUAUUUUUCACAUUCACCAGAAUCUGGAUUUCGCGGCAAAAGUUGCACGUACAACAGUGAUUUCAUUCAUGUCUCACUUGUUCACUCGUAAGACGUCAUUUGCAACAACUGAAGCCUAGACCAGUCUAGAAAUACUUUAUUUUAAUUUUUUUCUCACUUGUGCGUUGAUUGAAAGGAUGCGAAACAAAAACAAUAAGAGGAUGUCCGAGAUGAAAAGAAACGGCCUUCAGCGGUGACAAACUUAAAGUCUUAACUUUGGAAUUUUGAACGCUCAACACGGGCACAAACUAAAACACGCUGGGAAUUUGAACACGGAAUUGUUUUAGGUUCCGCUGAAUAAUCUAAUAAUCUAAGCCCUAAUGAGUAGCGAAAUUGAACAACUCCUGGCGUAUGAGAGGGUGUGCAGAGGCCGGUCCCCGUCUGGUUUUUUCGGAGCUACUUGGUAUUUUGGGGUACACGAACACGGUCUUCGUACGUUCUCAUAGACUGCGAGCAGUCUCUCUUUUUCUUCAGAUUUAGUGAGAGCAAUGCACGCGCGCGGGAGCGGCGAAGCGCCAUCAGUCACGCGCGUGGCCAUUUGCGUGUCUCGCGUUUUGCUCGACGGACUACAGAAAAAAGAGAGACUGCUCGUAGUCUAAUGUUUUCAUACAUACAGUGUGUACAUUCCAUACAAGAUUAUAUGAUACACAGUGCAGGAAUAAUCACCGAUCUUAUUGUGUUUGUUUGUUUGUUUUGGCAGAUUGGGAGAGAGGGAUUGAUUCUCACGGAAGAGUUUACUACAUUGAUCACAUCAAUAGGACCACCACCUGGGUCAGGCCUCGGCGAAGUAAGCAGUUCACUUCCACCCGCCCCUCCCCUAAUCAAACGUCGGUACUAACUUAUUACUUAGGGUAAAAUGACACAUUAGGGGAGGGGUAGGUAGGUUCCGUGAAUUUCACACCGAUCCCAGUUUCUUUUUUUUUUACCACAAUCCAACUGUUGAUUGCUAUUCCUUCUUGUUACCCAAAUGUAGCACUUCUGCUGGGCUUUAGUCGUCCUAUUAUAGACUAAAACACUUCCUUUACAUGAGAGAAAUGUUUUUCGAUGGCCAAACAUCGUGAAGUCUAGCGGAGUUUUAUUGAAACCUCCUUAGAAGUACGUAUCUAGAUGCAAUUUCUGACCAAAAUAUUCAAAAGUUGCCAAGCCACUGCGACAAGGCUGUGCUUAAACAGUAAGCAAAAUAGUCGGGCUAAAACUUGUACACCGGGGUAAAUUUAAACGAAUUUGCUCUGUUUUCGCAAAACAAACCUUCAUCAAGGACUAAAAGAAAAAUGGAUUUAACUAAAAAAGAAAAGAAAAAGAAAAGGGUCGUUGCCACUAAAGAGUGAAAUUAAAAAUGAUGUAAAAUAAAAAAUUACCAAAUAAACAAGUUGAUGAAUUAAUAUAUGGUCACGUCCAUUUAUAUCCCUAGGGUAAAGUUUGUUUCGUGAGCUUCUUUUACAUAGACACGUUUUUAGCAGUGACCUAUGAGGCGAACGUGGCUGGCAAUUUGGCUAGAUAAGGAGGAUAGUGCGUUGUUUCUCGAAACGUAUAUUCCACGGUCGUUUUAAUUUUUCAGUGCACUGGCAAUUGCAUUGCCUUAAAAUAAAUUGAUACGGGCAAGAAUAUGUUCUUCGUUGGUCUAAGAAAAGUGGGCAUUGACCUUGACCUUCCUGAAGAAGAAAAUCUAUUACUUCCAUUUACAAAUGACAGUAAGUGAUUUCUUGAAGGUUUCUUGGCUUGUAGCCUAGUGCAACACGUCACAAGGUCACAUAAACGUACAAAAUAUCCAUGUACUUCGUAAUCACUGGCAAAAAGUACGACAUCGAAAGAAAGCGUCCAUGAAGUUAGUGUAAUUCUGGUGGAUGUAUAUAUAUUUUUCGCAAUAUAAGAUACUUCGGGGGAAAAAAUUGUGAAAGGUAAUCAAAAACUAUUUUGAAAUCCCUACCUGAAUUUUUUAAGAGUUUCGUUACCACAAGAAGGCUUACGUGACAUUCUUUUGCAAUUUACCAUUUUCUACAAUGGCUAAUGUACGUUAUGGACCCAGUUUAUACAACAAACGUUUUGUUUCACUUCCCCACCGACGCAACACCACAGUUUCUUCAGAAACCCAACCCCUAUUUAUAAAUGCAACUAUCCGUGUCACUUAGCUCUUGAAAAACUAUGUGGAACUACAAGUAGGCCUUUGCACCCAGUGAGACCGCAAUGGUAAAAGUAAAUGGACAAACUUCGUCUUAUCUUUACCAUUUUUAUACAGUUGUAUUUAAAACUUGAGUUGAUAUAUGGUCUUUUCCCCUUUAAAUUACCUCUAUUACUUUUUACCUCCAAGAUGAUUUUUUUCAAACCGAAAUAUUGUGCAAAUGUUUUAACAAUUACAUUGUCCAUGGUGUUUACUUUAUGAUUGUAUUGCAAAUUUUCCUUUUCAGAUGCCCCUGAGAGAGAAGCAAACAUGAACGAUAUUAACACUCACUGGCAGAGCCUGGACAGAAGGUACCCCUCCCUCCCUUCCCUAGCUACCUCAGCACCCGUUCCUUGCAUUUUAGCGACAAAUUGCUGAUUUAAGAAACUCACGGCUAAUACGUCUUUUUGAUCUUGUGAUGGUCCCAGUUCACAUCCGAGACUUAAACGUACUUUCUCAAGUUGAUUUUUGAAAGGGCUUUGGAGAAAGUACUUAAAAGCAGUAUUAGUUUAGUUUUCCCGAAGGUAUAUAUUUGUCCAACACCUCUCCUCAGAAACUCGCAUAACAAAGGUGCCUUUGCUUUUGAUUUUCCUCUGGAGUAUCAAUCCGAUCUACAUUACAUAAAUGCGAACCAGGAGGUUUAAAGGUUUGGUUGUUUAUAGUAGAAAGUGCACUUAGCUUAUUAAGCUAGUUUACAAGCACUCCACUCAAAUACUUAGAAACAAAUAAUUCAAAUACAACAUAACAGGAUUAAAAACCCAACUAGCAGAAGGCAACCAGUUGGCUAAAUACAAGCGUGGCCAAGGAUUUGAACUUGGAACGACCGAGAACAAAUCCAGCAAGUGGUGAGAGUGGGACUCGAACCCGGGACCGCCUGAUUGCGAGUCCGACGCGCGUGCUGACCACUGGUCCACGGUGCUUCCAAUCUCCUUCCUCAGGAGAUUCUCCCUCGUGGAUCAUUCUGCGCAAUGCUGUGCAGUUCCUUUGAACCCUUUUGAUCGAAAUUGUCUUCCUAUUCUUUUCCGAUUCAAGGUAUCAAAGUUUUCGCCGGACGCUGCGUGGUCGCGGUAGUCAUCAUUCACGUCCCCCGCUUCCCAUCGACAACAACAGAGAGAACCAGACUACAGGCGAGACAAGCGCUAGUAGCAGCUCUGAAACAAGUUCUUUAUCCAGACCCUCAUCAGCAGCAUCUUCAACUCAACCGUCCCCCACCCCUUCAACAUCAUCCAACCCUUCCACACCGUCUACUUCUACCGCACCGUCUCCUUCCUCAGCCUCUAGCACGAGAGCUUCAAGUCUGAAUCAGUCACCCGCUGUCAAGUUCCUCAUCAGAUAUGAUUUGAUAGACUACCUCAAGAGCAAAGGGGUACGGAGUUUGUAAAUUCUAGUAAAAGUUUCGAUUUUAAGUAGACUUUUUGGCCUUUUUAGUCUUUAAACACAUAAUGUUGAGGUCAGUUAAGCCACCUUCCUUGAACUCCCUAGCUCAGUAUUCCGGAGAUUUAAGGUAGUUUGAGGCCAUUGUUGAUAUCUGAAGUCAACGUAAAAACAGCAGUCCAUAUUCACGAAAAUUCCCUUUUUUUGGUACUGUUAAAUAUUGCACUGUUUUCAAGGGCGUAAGCAGGCCUGAAAUUUGCUUAUAUAUCCGGCAAAAAGAGGGUGCUAAGGUAAGCUGUUUUACAUACAAAUCGACGUUUUGUGCAGACGGUUGGCCCCCUCCUCCCCUCCCCUCCUAUGAUGGACUAGUAUCCUGUCCAGAGAGGACGACCAGUAUUAACUUAAAAAUUAAGGUUUUUCUCGCUUCACAAAGUUAAGCUCCAGUUGCAUAGGUUCCCUGUGGCUCGAGUGGGCUUUUAUCAAGCAAACCAGGUUUGAAUGUAAUUUGAAUAAUUUAUGUUUCACCAGGUGGCAGGCCAUUACUAUUUCCAAAGCCAGAUGUUGAAACUGAUUGUAUCCAAGAUCAGAAGCGACCCAAAUCAGUUUGAACGGUAAAUUGAGCCCCUUUUAUGUUCCAAAUGAAGACUAAUUUAUUUUGUUGACUUUUUUAAUCUUCAAGUGAAGAUCUCAAGUCAUUUAUUGUCAUGUUUGUGUGUUUUUAUUUAAGGUAUCGACAUCAAGUCGAGCUUGUGAGGUUCCUAAAUCAGUUUGCUGAUCCGCAGAUGGAUAUGCCGCCUGGAUGGGAUAAGAAAGUCGACCAAUCAGGACGGGUAUUGUAUUUUCAUUUACCGAAAUAUUAGUUUGUAAUUGUGGCUUGCAAUGUAUUUGCAGUUCCCUUACCUUUUUGUUUUCCCGGGCGCGUUGAUUGGUCAAGAAAAUUCGCGCCAAUUUUAAACCAAUUACAAUAGGCCAUUUCCAAGUUGUCCCAAGCCUCUGUUUCAAAGCGAGGCCAAGUGCGAAGCCAUUGAUGGGAAAGUGUUUUUUUAUUCUCAUGCAAAUAAACCUUUUCACAAGAAAGGUUUUGCUCUUAGCCUUGUUUUGAAAGUGGGAGUUUUUGGAACUCGGAAAUGACCUAUUUAGAAUAGUUUUCCGCUCCGAGCGUCGUCUGCCAGUAACUGAAGAGACAAUAUACAUUCCCUGAAUAAAGUUAUCAGGCUAUUUGUUCUUCAGAUAUUUUCUUGCUAACUAAACUUGACGUUUUCUUGUUGCAGCUCUAUUUUAUCGACCACAAUUCCAGAACAACAACGUUCAUCGAUCCGCGGCUUCCGGUUGAGGAGACGCUACCGAGACGAAACCGAUCGGAAUCUGAGGUACUACUACUAACUAGCUUUCCUUCCCUUUGUCAUGCUACAUUACUUACUACAGCUUCUUUCACAGAGACGUUUCUAUCCAACAGAAGUGAAGAAAACGUGGCCUUCUCCCUUGCGUUUAUUGCUAAUAUUUGUGAUGAAAAUAUUAGUUGUGAGAAGUUUGACAUAAUUUACGUAAUAAUUCAUUGUUAAGUAACAACUAAAGCAGUAACAAGCUUUGGUCACAUGACCAUAAUUUGUUACAGUGAUACAAAUGUGCAAGAAUUGACUGAAAUGUAAAAUUAAUCACCUGAAACUGGAGGAGCAUCAAAGAAAUACAGAAACGUUAAAAGGCUGCAUGGAUGGGCAGAAACUGUACACGAAAUUAUGGGUGGUCAAACUAACCCUUAAUUCAUAUUAUAUUUACUCGCCUGAGAACGCGAUAACUUCCAUAAUGCUGACUUCGUUUUAAUGUUGUUGUUUUUGUUUAGCCUUAUCGUGGACGUCUUCCUCCGUCCAGGCCCCCUCCACCAAUAAGCCCGCCUCAGACGAGCACACGUACCAGCACACCCCCCAUGAGUGAGUUGUCACCUUUAUUGUAAUAAAUAAAUGAUUAAAAUGAAUGAGGUGAAUAGAACUUGCCGCAAUAUUGAUUGGUUAAUUAAUACCACGCACAUCAUACGUGGAUACACCUAAUUGCAGUAACGUUGUCCUAAAAAAUGAAAAAAGGAAAAAGCCAAAUAGGAAUUAAUGAGGCUAAUCAAGCCACAUUCUCAGGGUGGAUUCAUUUGCAGGCGUUGUAUUUCCCCGCUGGAAUGUUUUUUUUGUUUUUAUUGUUUUUCAGCUUUAAAACCUUUAAAACAAUAGAGAAUUCCAACAGGCAAAUUCGACGUCUGUGCGCGGAUGCUGCAAACGAAUUCAUAAGGCUCAUUGGCCUAAUUAAUUCCUAUGUGGCCUUUUCCUUUUUUCAUUUUUUCUAUGACAACGUUUUUGCAAUUAGGUGUAUGUCUACACGUGAAAUCACGGUGUACAUCACUUGUCGUACGGUUAGUAUUUUUCUUGUUUUAUGUUUUACUUGUUUUACCAGCUUUUCUGGACACAGGCCUGCCCAGAGGGAAUGGGCACGAACGGGACUCGGGUCCCAUGCGAGGUGUCAUCCCUACCCAAUCCCACAACCCGUAAAGGUUGACCACACCACCGGGCUCUCAACCCGUAAAGGUUGACCAUACCACCGGGCUCUACGUCCCCUACUGUUUUCGAACAGUGGUGUGGGUUCUUUUACGUCCCACAAGAACAAAUCAUUGAAAGUUCUGUGAGACGGGAUCUACGGUUUUUCGUCCUUAUCCGAGAAGACUAGAAAGUCAUUUGCAGAUGUAAUUACAAAGGCAGCACUUUCUUCUCAGUUAUUUAAAGACCCUGAGUGUUGGUCCGGCCGGGGUUUGAACCUGCGACCUCCCGCUCGGCGGACCGGGUCUCUCCCAACUGAGCUAACCAGGCGGCGGUUAAAUGGCGGCGGUUUUUUAAAUGAAGAUAUGAUCGUCCCAGUGGUAAUAACAAUUUGAGCAAAUUCGAAUUAACCGGUAAAAAUUUCGGGACUUCAACGGGAUUCGAACCCGAAUCAAACGUAAAUAGUGGUUUGUAAUAGUGUUUGAGGAAUCUCUCGGCAUUAAAGGCCGUCUUUUGUUUUGACAAGUAACCUACACAGUGGCGGCUCUGCGAACUUUAGAUUUUAAACUUCCAAUGUAUGGUCGAUAAGGAAUAUUCUUGGCUUCCACAAGUCUUCUAUAGCUCAAUGGCAGAGCCAUUCUGGACAAGAAACCAGAAGGUCGUAGGUUCAACUCCUGUUUGGAAUACUCCGAGCCGCCUGUUUCACUGACUGAAAAAAACAUCUUUCUCAGGGAUGUUCUCUUUUGUGAAGCGGGUUCAUUGUAAUACGGUUGUUGAUCUAUAGCAUAACUUAAAGUUCGGACAUGUCAUAAUAAUGUAAGUAAGAGGACAAGUAUUUGUAUACCUCUGCCAUAAGACCGGGCUCCAAUUCCUCGUCGGAGGAGCAUAUUUGAUUAUCGCUGCUUGUUGUGAUAUCUAGCUGUGCUGACAAUUGAAUAUCUUCUUCCCCUAGCUUACAACCAGCAAGUCAUUGGAUUCUUGUCUCAACCAAACAUUGAUGAAAUACUUAAAAACAAGUUCCAAGGCUACAGCUCAAACACUGCAUUAAAGUGAGUAUAUCCGUGAAUUCCAGUUAAUGAAGGGUGCAGUGUUUUGAACAUCAUUUCCCACAAGCAACCUCGAUUUUAACAUGUUUAUAAUAGUGCUUAAUGCUUAUCCAUCAUUUCCCACUUUCACCAGGUCUAACGUGAGACGAGUGAAAACUGAGGGCGAGAGGGCCCUGGGACGACUCUCAAGUAACCUCGAUUUCAACAUGCUUAUAAGGUAAGGUGGUGUGACACUUUUUAACCGUAAUAACCCACGUUUGAUACAUGUAUAUUAAAAUUUUAACAUAUCUUCGAGGCUUUCUGGUCAUUUUUCCAUAUAUGGUUUGGUUUUCUUUGCGCUUAAGUCUUAAUUUGGGGAAUUGCGAGAAAAUAGAGUCUUGAAAAAAUUGUAAUUUCGUCCAUGAAGCCUCGGAAUUUGUUUUUGGAUUUUAAUGCAUCGAACGUCGGCCAUUGAAAACUCAAUUCGGUUUUUAGAGCCGCACUAUCUUUAGUCAGCGGGUACUAAACAGUGUCUGGCUUUCAUGUUUAUGAACUGAUCAUUUGUUUUUCUUGAUUCAGUGCUAUACACGAGGACGUUAUAUCAUAUGUUCCUGUUGACCUUGCACAAACAAGUGAAUCCUUGCGACCUACGUCACCAACUCGUCACUUCCAGGCCUCUUCUGGAACACGGUCAAGAGCAAGCUCGACAGAAGGAGCUCUUAAAGGUUGGUAUGGGUCGAGGGCUGUGCUGUAAUUGCCCCAGGAAGCCCACCGAACGAAACGUUAUAUUGUUUUUCUUAGUUUCUAAAGUUUCAGGGAUUUAAACGUUAAUUUUCUUCAAGAUUUAUUUCCUGCUGUAAAAAAGACAAUAUGGGCGGGUUAUUUUAAUUUUUUCUUUUUCUCUCUCUCUCUUUUUCUUCCCCUCUUUUCUUAUUUUUCUCGCCGAUGAAUUUGACGUGCGCGAAGCACUUUCCACCCCCACCCCACCACCCUUGCGCUAGAGGUGUCAAUCCUGUUUUAUAUGCGUGCUUGAUGAUCUCAUAAGAGAAAUACAAGGUCUGUGAAAAUGCUAGUUAUUAAAGCAACAUUAUAACCAGUUUUUUAGUUAGCAAAAUAGUCACCUUUUCAAGCGAGUUUAAUAAGCACAGGGUGCGAAUGCAUUUAGUACAAAUCUUAGAACAUUGAGAUACUCCUAGUGAGGCCUUCAACAGCGCAGCACUCCUCCAUCGAAGUAGGCUUUUUGCGGUUCUUAUUCCCAGGGCGUGUUGGUUUUGGCUUAUCAUCGAUGUUUCUAUGACAAAGUUUUUUCUAGAUAAGGGUGUCCUAAGCAAACCUAUUUAACCUCUGGGAAGGGAAUGGUCCAAAUUUGUCUUGCCUUUGACCUCUUUUAACAUGGGUGACCCUACCAGGAGCUGGGGCUCCCGCUAGCAUAGCUCUGCAAGUCAUUGCUCCAUGCAAGCCACCACGCUUUGGCAUGAAUGGACCAUGUGGUGAUGCAAAAACCAGUAGAUGUUAGAACUCCUUGAAACGACUCGUAUAUAUCUUAAGAAUACAUUUUUGUGCCCAUAAGUAAAUCUUACACAUUGUUAGUGAAAAGUUCAGCAGUGAACAGUGCUACUUAUUCAGGUGGUUGUUAUUCAUUUGUUUGUUAUUUUUUGAACCAGGCGCGAUGGCGGAAUCUCCCGCUAGUUCCAGUCCUGCUCCCUAUAAACGCGACUUUGAGGCCAAAGUUCGUUCAUUCCACCGUCAGCUGUACCAUAAAGGAUAUGGUCAAGGACCGAAUAAAAUCAAGUAAGUAAACCAGACACAAUAACUCUAAAUGUUCUUCUUGGAAAUUUGUUCAUCUUAAUGAUAAUUUAUUGGCUGAACAAGCAAGUGAUAUUCAUCGACGAACUGACGUCUAUUAUGGUUUUCAUCUAACUACCCUCCUGUGCAAACGGUCUUUUCGUUUAUAGUUGAGGAAGAUCAUUGCGUGACGAGUCAAAACAAUGUUUGCAGGGGAGGCUAUAUACGGCUUUUUGGUUUGAUUUGGUGUCGCUGGUGACACCAAUCUGUUUUUAUAUUAUCUUUCGUAAAACGAACACACUGGUCAUGACUAUAUAGAAAAUCGUUUUGGAAAUCGUAUGCAGAUCGUAACAGCAAUUAGUGAAACCAUAAAUGGCUGUUGUGUUUAGUAUUCUGGGUGGCUAAGUAAGCUGCAAUCAAUAGACAUGCUACUUCGUCGAAUGGCGGGGGGAAUUACGCGGUAACAUAAAACGAUGAUACAUCUGGUACUUACCUCGCUUCGUAUUCUCACCAUUUCUACACUUAUUACUUUGCAUUUGCAGAAUGAGUAUACGCAGGGACCAUAUAUUAGAAGACGCCUAUGAUCAAAUAAUGAAGGAGCCUGCAAGAAACCUGCAAAGAAAUCGCCUCGAAAUUCAGUUCACAGGGGAGGAGGGGUAAGAAACGAGAGUCGCUCUUUUUUUUGUUCCAUGCCAGCUGUGUGAAGCGAGACAAGUAGUCGAGGGAAUAGCUUUGCAUUGUCAAAUGGCCCAAUAUCGCAGUAUACUCUCGCUUUGAAGGAAGUAAUCAGCUCGUUUGUUCCAGACAACGUCAUUCUCGUCAACGAAGAGAGACCCCUGGUCCCCUAGAAAGAGAUUGUGCCUUAGGCCCCGCGCGUCACGUGUGUCGUGUGAUGCGAGUUCUCGCGAGGGACGCUCGCGCUCUAAGAAACGACCCUCAGUACUUAGUUAUAGCAGCGUUGAUCACUUCAACUUAAUGCACACAGUAAACCCCGCUUCCCUAACACCUGUUUUGAUUUCCAGUUUGGAUUAUGGUGGACCCGCGAGAGAGUUCUUUUUCCUGUUGUCACGUCAAGUCUUCAAUCCAUAUUAUGGUCUGUUUGAGUAUUCAGCUAACGACACCUAUACUGUUCAAGUGAGUCCGGUCUCGCUGUAUGUCGACAAUUCACAUGAAUGGUAAGCAACUUAAAUAUAAUUAACUUCAUUACUGUGAGCACUUCCUGCUGGAGAAGUAACAUUAUUGUAUUUUCAUAACACUGUAAACUAGAAACAAUUUCAUGCCCUUUCUUCCAGGUUUCGGUUCUGCGGGCGAAUCAUUGGGCUGGUGAUAAUACAUCAACACUUGUUAGAUGCCUUUUUCACGCGUCCGUUUUACAAAGCUCUACUUAGAAGGUAAUGUAUCCAUUUGUUUAGUGAAAUACACAAGUAACAUAAUUAAGGAAGUACAGAAACACAGCUCGUGUUUUGGCAGACGUUCGUCUUACCGUAGCCUACCGCAUAAACUACCAUCGAGCAUAAAGAUACCAGUAGGCAACGAAUCUGCCGGGAUAUAUAAUGUUUUCUAACUUGGUCGUUUCUUUACUUUAUCCCUGAAAGUUUUAAGGUGGUACUUUUUCUUCCUCUUUAUGGUGAUUUUACUUGUGUUAUUUCAGUCUCUGUGACUUGAGUGAUGUUGAAGCGAUGGACUCACUUUUCCACCAAAGUAUGACCUGGGUCAUGGAAAAUGACAUCACGGGAGCGUUGGAUUUGUCUUUUACCGUCAGUGAAGAGAUCUUCGGAGAGGUAAGAUUUUUUUACUCCCGAGACACGUAUUACGGGUGGACACAGUCUUCGUAAAGUUGGUGAACUAGAGUACUGUUCAGUAACAGACACCGUCUUCCAGUGCAAAUGUUAAGUGAAUUCGAAAAUAAAUAAAGCCCUGUUCGUUAGUUUAGAGCACAAGGAAACCACAUACAUCAUUAAAAUUUGAGGUGUGUAAGCUGUUGGAAUAGCGUGUGGGUAAGCUCUCCAUUUGGGGAAGUCGUGAGAGGUCACGCGAGAGCAGCACGCGUGCGAGGGGCAGGGAAAGAAUGGGAAAGCCAGGGCGGGGAAAGCUCUUCUUUCCUCCGCCCCUCGCUCGCUCGCACGUUCUCUCGUGUCUCGCUUCGCUCGCUGUAAAUGGAGAGCUUGCUAGCAGGCUAAUGUUGGAAGUCAAGUACGAGAUGCCAGCGAAAGCAUGGCUACUCGAAGCUUAAGUUCUGAGGGUAAUUUGACGGUUUAUUGUAUCAGUGGAAAGUGAUUGUGACGGUUGUAAUGAAGCCAUGACUGAAGCCAUGCUUUUCAAUUCGCCAUGCUAACUGAUUCAUCAUCACGGUCGUAGGUCACCGAGCGUGAGCUGGUUCCAGGCGGUAAGGAAAUGGAAGUGACAGAGGAAAAUAAACACGAGUAUGUUGAGCAGAUGGUGAGAUGGCGAGUUGAAAGAGGAGUCGCAGAGCAAACAGAGAGUAUUGUCAAUGGAUUUAAUGAGGUAUUAUACUGAAAAUGAAGAAAUGAUCGUCGCAGUGAACACAAUUUAUGCAAUUGCGUAAACUGAGUGUUUGUCCUGUUGAGAUGUCCCUCUUAUUUGAACCCGUGAAAAUAAUUGAUAACCGGGGCGAUGACUCACCAAGGUGUUUGCUUUGAAGCCACUGACGUUGGGAGCAGGUCAAUUGUCGGUUCAUAUUCACCCGUGAAACGAAAUGAAAUACGUGUUAAUGAUAUAUUUGAAAUAAAUCAUAUAUGAACUGCGGAAAUUAAAUUCUAAAUGAAGAAAUGAUCCCUUUACAACUCCCGGACGCAAUUUAAACCCACAUUUGUAAAGAACAUAACGUAAAAAAAAAAAACUUUGGACUUCAACGGGGUUUGAACCCAUCCGACAGGGAAAGUUAAAACGAUGCUCUACCGACUGAGCUAUGAAGCCAUCACUUCUUAAACGUACUUCUUAUUGAUACACCCACUUUCAAAGUUUGUGAUCGAGGAUUUGUUUCAUGGUAAAAGUUGCUUGCAGGAAACCUGGAAAGAGGUUGAAAUCAGACAAAGCGCGCAAUCAAAGCUGUUGUACACUGAUAUGGACCCCAGUGAUAAAGUGUCUUGUUUUUCUGUCUUUAGGUUUUGGAUCCUAAGCUGAUUAAUCUCUUUGAUGCACGCGAGUUGGAACUUGUUAUCUCUGGCACAGCAGAUAUCGACAUUGAAGACUGGAGAAAGAACACAGAGUAUCGGUCAGGUAAGAGACGUUCAUGGUACUCCAUGUAUGUAAACAUCGGGUAUAACAUGUAAGUAAACCGCAUACAGGACUAUUGAAAUGAAAACCCAGUUAGGUGGGAUAUGAUCGUUGGGAUGAGUGUAGUCCUGAACAGUACUGUUGUUGACAGUGACUGAUGUUUUGACAACCAGGGCGGGGUUGUUGAAAGCUGAGUUAAGAUAACCCAAGGUAAGUGCGAAAUUUGAAUUCAGAAUUGAAGCCCUAAAAGGCAGAUUCAGUUUAAUCUUUUUUUUGUCUACAAAUUGAUGAUUGCUCUGAAAGGAAUAAAAAAACUAUCCGAGGAAAUGUUUUUGAACAAGAGAAAAGGAAACACGAAGUACAAUUUAACCCCGUCUUUGUCCUUAUCGUCCUCCGGACAACUGGGUGCCCUGUGCUUUAGUCAUCCACCUGCAGGCCAUGAAAUGACUCCAGGGUUUCUAACCAUGCACUAUGACACUCUAGUUAAAUUAAAACCUCGCUAGUUGAUAACCGAGGUCCAUUCAAGCAUGUCUUCUGUUUUAAUGUAGGUUACCAUGGCAGUCACAAAGUAAUAAGAUGGUUCUGGAAAGUAGUGAAGUCGUUUGAUAACGAGCAGAAGUUAAGACUCUUACAGGUUUGUCAAAGGCCAUUUUUAAUUUGUAAUGUCUUGUAUACUUAACUAUUGGAUGAGGCUGAGUAUAAUGUGAAGAAUAGACCAGGGUGCUUUCCAUGUAGGCAAAAUUUCUGGCUUGACCGGUCUGAAUGCAAAUGAAACGCGUGGUUCGACCGGAAAUUUUUCGGAACAAACGGACGACCCUCCGAGGUAUUCCACUUUUUCCGUUCCAACUGGUUGGGACCGAGAAAUUCCGGUUCAAUUUGCGCAAUUCUCUUUCGGCCGAAGGCUGGCACCUGGACUUUUUUCCGCCUUUUCCAAUGUUUGCCGGUGAGCGUUGAUCACGGGCUGUCGCAGUUUUUCUUUUCAUUUCUUAUCGUAUCGUUCAAAAUGGCAUCUGUUCAAAAUAGUUGUGAGCUCUGUCCGGGUUCAAAUUUCUUGAAACGAAACAGCAACAAACUGCCGCUAUUUCCACUAUUGGCAAGAAAGCCUUUCCAUUUGACCUGGAAGGUUUCCGGAAUUUCCAAUCGGAAAUUUUCCUUAAAUGGAAAGCGCCUCGGGCACCAUCUUGAGGCUUGAGGUUACAAAUUACAGUGAUUUUUGAAACUGUCCACCUUAGCACCAAAGCCUGGACCUCGUUUCAUUGUGUAAUCUGUAUGCUUGUUGGAUCAGAAUACAGCAAAGGUCUAUUAUACAGAUCGAGAAGGUGUUAUCUAGUUAAACGGUCUAUCCUGUUCCAAGCGUUCAGAUAGUGAGAACGAGACAAAGAAAAGUGAGCAGGAAAACACAACGACGGGGUUGGGGUUGGGAGAGUGGGCGAAAGAACCUCCUCCCUACCUCUUCCCUUCUCCCCCCCCCCCCCCCUCUCUUUUUUGUGCCCAACUCUCCAUUUCGCGCCACUCUCCACCAUCUGAACGCCCGGAACAGGCUAACUGAGGUCGAAGGCCGAAGCAGAUAACACCUCCGAGCUCGGAAUAAUAAGAAGAAUUAUUCAUCAUCUCAUACGAAAGCCAAAGAAGCUUACCACUUUGUAAAAUUCCUUUUUAAAACACGUUUGCCUGCUCCUCAGUAGUCUCAGGAUAAUAUUCUAGUUGGAGUGUAAUUUUUGUGUAUUCUUGUUGUUUUUGAGGCAGUAGGUGCCUUACUUCAUCAUCUCAUAACGUGCAAAAUCUCCCUUCUUUUAAUCCAGCUCUUCCUUGCUCGCCCAACAAUACAGCCAAGUAACCGCGCCUCUUCUUUGUCAGGGUGGAGUGUCUUAAAAUGGCGGAAAGAAGUAUUUUCAAACUCAGUAUUCAUACAGUUCCAUAGUUAUUCAGUGUUGCGGACUUGUUUACAAUUGCUUCCCAUUUUCAGAUCCCUUUGGGACUUUUCUCUCAAAUUUAUAAAAGAAAAAUAGAAACGGAGAAAUAUUUUGGAUGAAUAAUGUUCGUAUAGCCGUUGUGCAAUGUUUCCUUUGCUCCAUAACCUUCCCUUUAUUUGCUAGUUUGUGCACAUCACCAAUUAACUAGAGGUGUUGACCUGGGUUUUGAUCAUGUGGUAUGACUAAUAUUUGUUUGUAAAGAAAAUUUAGACAUCGGACAUGUUAUCUGGCAACUAUUUGGGUCUCUUCUCUCUUGAUGCAGUAAAUUCUUUCGUCCAUUACUGUGGGCAAACUAAAAUGUUUGGAUACAAUGUUUAGUCGAUUUUUCCAUUGUGUUUAUAGAGACAUCCGACUGUUUAUUGUUAAGGUUUGUUCCCUCGUCACGUUGAGAGCUUUUCUUACCUUCCUCAAGGUAUUUUAAACAACUGUGAACAUGUCCGCUCACUGACUAAUUAUGGAACUGUAUGAAUACUAAGUUUUAAAAUGCUUCGUUCAACCACUUUCAGAUAUUCCCAACUUUUUUGAAGAUAUAAAAUUUCUUAGCAGCAAUGAAGUUCUGCGUAUUUUACGGCAACGUUAAGUCUCAAUAUCGUUUGUCUUUUAUCACUUCGGGUUUGAGGAUUUCAAUCGAAAGUCUUUCAGUAUUUCAGGAUUAAUAUUUAGGGUAGGUCGUAAUGAUAAAUAAUAAUAAAAUAUUUAUAUAGCGCUUAUACUUUUCAGUGCUAAGCGCUUAGCAAUUGAGGCGUCAGUCAUGUCAUUGUAAGUGGCAAAGCAGGCACCUUACUGUUAAGUGCUGGCAGCAGUCAAAGUGUCUGUAACCAUCCUGAAUUAAAUUCUUAAAGAUUUUUUAAAAAAAAUAGCAGUCGUAUUAGCUUAAGUAUAAAAUGAUUUUUGGCAAUAAAUCAUUGCGUUAUAUUAUAUCAUAUUCAAAUAAUCCUGAUUAGAACUAAAAUUCAUGGGAAAAAACCGUCGUAGUUUUGCCGUUUACUUAAUCAUUGCUACAGUGAAGUAGCUGCCCCUGAGAAAGCGAACUUUUAAUUCCCUGCCCAGCUUAUAGAGCACCUGAGACUAUAAUGAGUUUAUGUUUUUCCUGUCUGCAGUUUGUCACGGGAACCUCCAGUAUUCCUUAUGAAGGUUUUGCAGCUCUGCGAGGAAGCACAGGACCCAGAAAGUUUUGUAUCGAGAGAUGGGGAGACUACACAAAGUUACCCAGGUGAGAUACUACUACGCUUGACCUGCAGUGCCAUACACACAUGUAAAAGGGUCGCAUGCUUUUGUCAAUGAAAGCCAGGUUAAAAUUCGUUUCGAAAAAAUGUUGCUUAUAUCUUACACUUUUUGAAAACGUAGCAGUCCAAUUUUAAUUAGCGACAAAAGUACGGAAUAGAAACUCACAUUGAAAGUACUUGUGAAGUUUAAUUUCACAAAAGUUUCAUGAUUACGUUUGAGAGCAACGUCAAUAUUUGCUACGUAUAUUAUAAUGCAAGCAUUCCUAAACUACGGUCAAUGAUCAUUCUUUUUUGCCUCCUGGGGGACUUUUCAUGGUUUGAUUUAUGAAGCAAUAUUUAAUUUUGUGUUUGUUGACCGUGAUAGUGUAUUAAACAUUGGGUUUUAAUAUCAAAAGUUACCCUCCCCGGCGCUACGUCAAUUACUUAUUAAAAUGCUGAGUUUUACCUUAAUAGCUUAAUGCCGCUGAUUGCACAACAAAUUAAAAAAAGACACUUAGGCGUCAAUAUUUUGUAACCUGUAGAAUAUUGGAUCAGCACUCUGCGUCAAGCUCCCAGUGAACAAAUUCUUCAUUUAGUUGUAUUGAUUGUUAGGCAGUUUAUGGCAGCAAAAUUAGUAUUAAUACACCUGAUUCUUGGUCUGUCUCAAAAGUAGGGGGGCCUAUAAGACCAUUAAAAAUCCGGAAAUUGUUAUUUUGUGCUAUUAGCCUCUCCCAAAGCGCUCCGCGUGUUGGGUGCUUGGAAGAGGGAUUGAAAAAAAAACGUGAUAGACCGGUAGGUAGAUAGGCAGACAGGCAGACAUAAACGUAAUUAAACGAACUCUUUUAAGAUGGGUCACUAAAUCAAGCUCCGUCACCUGUAAGUCGGCUAUCACUCUCUUAGUGAUUCCGGAUGAGUCUCACCUAAUUAUUAGCAAUAAAACCUUGUAUAUUCGCACAUUUUAUAUUUAGCCUGGGACCAGGCUCCGCACUGGGGGAAAAUGGGAGGGGGGGAAUCAAAGACCAAAGUGGCUACAAAGGCCUUCUGACUGCUGAUAAUAAAAUACUGUAAAAUUAAGCUAUCGAUCAUUCUAGCGCUUUGUGUGUUUUUUUCUAAACAGCUAUUUUGCUGCGGCCCAUCGACAGUGAUUGUUACACCAUAUUCUUUGUCGUUGUGUUGAACAACCUUUCCAAGAAAAAACCUCUUAAACACACUUUCAAACUUUUAUACGGGAAUCUGUUUCCUGGUAACUUUGAUAAAGUUUCUGUUUAAGGAAGACAUAAAAAUAAUAAACAAAGCUUGUAUUUUAUUCGGUAUUCAUAGAGCUAAAGAGUUAAAGCAGCUUGUUAAGGAUUAAUUGGGGCUACCCACACAGUCUCCAUAGUGAAGAACGCUUUAUCUUCGGCAAAAUUACCUUUUAUUGUUAUGAAGUUAUGAUAAAACUUGCUCGAAUUUUAGUUAUCUUUACUCAUGUUCACUUGCGGGUUAUUAGACCGUUAUGUGUCUCUAGGGAUGGCAAGAACAACGCAAAAACCAUUGUUAGAAGGCACUGCGGCUCGUGGGGUUAAGUGAUCGAAGAGAGUUUGUGUCAUAGACAUACAUGUGCGCAUUUCUUAUAAAACUACUUUUCUUUGAAUUUUCAGGGCUCACACAUGUUUCAAUCGGCUGGAUCUUCCACUUUAUCGUUCUUAUGAAGAACUACUGGAGAAGCUUACCUUUGCGGUGGAGGAAUCAGAAACAUUUGCUAUGCAAUAAUCUGACAGUGAAAUAACUGAAGAAGUUGUGUAUAAACUCUUGUAUUUGGUUACUCACCACAAAUGGGUUUUCUUAAAUAUUUCUACAAUACUUAGCUUUGCAGUUACGUUUUAUUUUGUGGUAACCGGUUUACCGCAGUUUUUGUGCCCUGAAUGCGAAACCUCAGAGGGGAAAAAAAUAAUCUUCUCUGCGCUUAGUUUUAUUAUCAAAAAGUUUUGUGCGAUAUUGAAAAGUUAGAAUAAUUAAUUUAAAUUGGAGUAAUUUAACAUUUUCGUGGAGCGAAAUGUUACGUUAAAAUUAAGAUGAAUUAUUUAAAAAGGUUUCGUUAAAAAUCAGAUACAUGUUUUGUUGCUGGUAGAAUGAUAACAUUUUUUGGACGAAUUCGGUGUUAGCGAUUCGUUCGUUGUGUAAAUAAUCUCACAUAUCUGUCCCUAAUUCUCCAAAAAGGAAUAGCUUAGUGGAUAGACAUAACAUAAAGAACACAAUGAUUUUUUUAUCCCUUAUAUGUCCAGAGAGUUCUAAACGUUAAAAUUUAAAUCCUUAUUUCCAUCGUGUAAACUUUUGAAAAAGAAUGCUGCCAACGAGGUUUUCAGUUUCAAAUGGUUGCAGCGUGGUCAGUAUUUCGUCACAGAGUAAAAAGUGAGUUCUACUUGACAUGAAAUGAAAGAGUGAGUGAUAAGUUAACUGAAUGACGGUUCAUGCAUUCGCCGUCUUUUGAACGACUUGGCUUAGAAUCGAGCCUCUUCCCUUGUGUUAUUGUGGUAACUUUAGAGUCGCUUCGGAGAAACCAAAAAGGAUAUUUUGCUAAGUUUGUUUCUAUCUUUGAAGGAUCUUUUGAAGCGUAGGAAAUGCGUUGACUAAGUAUGGGCGAGGUAUGGCGUGGACGGAAAAGUGAGAUUAUUUGAAUAAAUUUACCUUCUAGCAGAUCAGAUCAGAUAUGAAUCAUAAAAGUAUGUUCAAAGAAUUCGUUCAAAUCGUGGGUAGCUGUCUAGCUUGCUCUUAAUAAUUUGAGGUUGGAAGUGAGGAAUAAACAACAUAGCAAGACAUACGGCAAUUUCACUCUAAAAAUAUCAAAAUCUAAGUGAAGAAACUUCUCUAACCCGCUCACGGUUUCCAUUUUGUCGGAUAUAUCCUCGCAUACCCCCCCGCCCCCUCCCCCAACAUUUGACAAAAGAUAGGAUCACCUCACUUUUUACAGACUAAAAAUGGUUCUCGCAGGGCCACUUGUCUUUUAAAAAGGUGGCCGUUAAAAAUAUCUCGGCUAUGUAUAUAACUGUCUUAAAGGAAUGCGCUUAGUUAGUUUAUCUUGAGUUCAUAGACGGUGUGUCUUAACUGCGCUAUGCCCUAUGCGUGCAAAUUUAUGCACGAUGAAAUUUAUUUAAGGUUUUUUUUUCUCGUAACAAGCGUGAGUGGAAAUGUGAUUCUCAAAACAUUUUCGGCAAAAAAAAGAAGAAUGCUGGAAAUGUAACAAUCAUUUUCCUGAACUGGGAGAUGUAUAUCAGAAGAAUUAGAUGUAGAGACAUCGUCACUUAAAAGAGAAAGAUCAUGAAACCUUUAAUUUAGAACUUCUAUCACUAACCUGUUCAGUACAAUUUUUAACUAUCUGAAAUUAAAAAAGGUUAUAGGAUUUUUCUCUUUCUCUAUGUUUUGUAUUGUAUGUUUAAGUACC